AUGCUAAAGGCAUCUAUCUAUCCAACUCUCUAUAUCCGUUUCCUCUUUAUAUCUAUCUAUCUAUCUAUCUAUCUAUCUAUCUAUCUAUCUAUCUUAGCCUGUUCAUAUCUAUCUAUCUAUCUAUUUUCUUCGUAUCUAUCUAUAAAUCUAUCUCAAUCUGUUCAUCAUCCAUCUAUCUGCCUAUCUAUCUUUUGUCCAUUAUCUACCUACCUGCCAUAUCUAUCUAUCUAUCUAUCUAUCUAUCUAUCUAUCUAUCUAUCUAUCUAUCUCAGUCUGUUGAAUAUCUAUCUAUCUAUCUAUCUAUCUAUCUAUCUAUCUAUCUAUUUCUCUGUUUGUCUGUUUGUUUCUCUGUCUGUCUGUCGCACUGAUUACUGUCUUUCUUUUUUUUCUUUUUUAUUAUUCAUUCAUUCUGUCAUUCUCGCCGUUAUUCGUCCUGUUUUCUUCAUAUUCUACUUUCUUUCAUUCAUUCAUUCUUUCUUUCUUUCUAUUGCCCAUUCAUCUUUAUUUAUUUAUUUAUUUAUUUAUUUUUCCCAUUCAUCUUUCUUUCUUUCGACCCUUUCAUCUCUCUUUCUUUCUUUCUUUUUUCCUAUUCAUCUUUCUUCUUUCUUUCUUUCAUUUUUUUCUUUCUUCUUUCUUUCUUUCUUUUUUCCUAUUCAUCUUUCUUUCUUUCUUUCUUUCUUUCUAUUGCUCAUUCAUCUUUAUUCCUUUUUUCCUAUUCCUCUUUCUUUCUUUCUUUCUUUCUUUCUUUCUUUCUUUCUUUCUUUCUUUCUAUUGCCCAUUCAUCUUUAUUUAUUUCUUUUUCCCAUUCAUUUUUCUUUGUUUUUUUGUCCCUUUCAUCUCUCUUUCUUUUUUCCUAUUGCCCAUUCAUCUUUCUUUCUGUCUGUCUUUCUUUCUUUCCUUCUAUUGCUCAUUCAUCUUUCUUUCUGUCUGUCUUUCUUUCUUUCCUUCUAUUGCUCAUUCAUCUUUCUUUCUUUCAUUUUUUCUUUCUUUCUUUCUUUGUAUUGCUCAUUCAUUUUCUUUCUUUCUUUUUUCCUAUUCAUCUUUCUUUCUUUUGUCCCUUCCUUCUCUCUUUAUUUCUUUCUUUCUUUCUUAUUUCGACUUUUUUCUUCGCUUUUCUUUUAUUUCGUCUCGUUUUUCUUUCUUUCUUUUAUUUCCUCUCAUUUUUGUUUCUUUCUUUUCUUUUCUUUCUUUCUUUCUUUCUUUCUUUCAUUUCCUCUCGUUUUUCUUUCUUUCUCUUUAUUAUUUCCUCGCCUUUCUUCUUUCAUUCUUUCUUUUUCUUUACCUUUCAUUCUUUCUUUUCCUUCACUUUUUUUUCUUUCUUCCUUACUUACUUUCCUUCCUUCUUGUUUUCAUCCUUUCUUUUUUUGGCACUAUCUAUCUCAUUUUAUCUCCCUGUUUCACACUACCUCUCUGUCUGUUGGUCUGUCUGUCUGCCCCCCUCUCUCUCUCUCUCUCUCUCUCUCUCUGUCUCUCUCUCUUGCUUUUCUUUUUCACUCUCUAUGUCUUUCUAAGUUCUUUCUCUUUCUCUUCGUUCCAUCUAUUCAUAUCUAUCUAUCUAUCUAUCUAUCCUUCUCGCUUCUUUUUAAAUAA